CCUCCCGCCAAGCGAAGACGACGGCGAGGCCCACUCGCCUCAGGCCGCCAUGGCUGCGCCUGCCGAGCCCAGCUACUUGGGAUGGGACUUCAGCACCCAGCAGCUGAAAGUAAUUGCUGUAGAUGAACAACUGCGAGUCAUCCAUGAGGACAGUGUCAAUUUUGACAAAGAUCUUCCAGAAUUUGGCACUCAAGGUGGUGUCCAUGUUCACAGUGACAGACUGACCGUGACUUCUCCUGUAUUAAUGUGGGUGAAGGCCCUGGAUAUGAUCUUGGAAAAGAUGAAGUCUUCUGGAUUUAACUUCUCCAGAGUGAAAGCUUUGUCUGGAGCUGGGCAGCAACAUGGAAGCGUCUACUGGAAAGAAGGUGCAAACUCUGUUUUACAAAACCUAUCGCCUGAUCUUCCUUUGCAUCAGUCCCUGAAGUCUUGCUUUUCGGUUAGCAACAGCCCUGUUUGGAUGGAUUCCAGCACAACUGCCCAGUGCUGCUCUCUGGAAAAAGCUGUCGGAGGGGGUCAGAAACUCGCUGAGGUCACCGGUUCACGAGCCUACGAGCGUUUUACAGGAAACCAGAUAGCGAAGAUUUACAGCCAGAACCCCGAGGUCUACACACACACAGAGAGGAUCUCUUUGGUCAGCAGCUUUGCAGCCUCCCUUUUCCUAGGGGCUUAUGCUCCCAUUGAUUACAGUGACGGUUCUGGCAUGAACUUACUGCAAAUCCAUGAGAAAGUAUGGAGUCCGGCCUGUCUUGAUGCUUGUGCACCUGGAUUAGGGAAAAAGUUGGGCCACCCUGUACCAUCUAGCAAAGUACUGGGUUGUGUUUCACCCUACUACAUCCAGCGCUUUGGGUUUAAUUCUGGCUGUAAAGUCGUUGCAUUUACUGGAGACAAUCCAGCAUCCCUGGCAGCAAUGAGACUUAGAGAAGGGGACAUUGCAAUUAGCCUUGGCACUAGUGAUACAUUGUUUCUCUGGAUUAAAGAGCCAAAACCUGCUUUAGAAGGUCACAUCCUCUGCAGUCCAGUUGAUUCACAAGCCUACAUGGCCAUGCUGUGUUAUAAGAAUGGUUCUUUGAUGAGAGAGAAGAUUCGAGAUGAGCUUGCCUCUGGCUCAUGGGAGGAAUUUUCCAAAGCGCUUGUGUCUACGGCUGUUGGAAAUGAUGGAAAUGUGGGCUUCUAUUUUGAUGUGAUGGAGAUUAUACCGGAGACCGUGGGAAUUCACCGAUUCAACACACACAACAACAGAGUCUCAACAUUUCCCAAGGAACUGGAGAUACGGGCCUUGAUUGAAGGGCAGUUCAUGGCCAAAAGGAUUCAUGCUGAAAAGCUGGGAUAUACAAUCCUGCCUACGACAAGAAUCCUGGCUACUGGAGGGGCAUCCCACAAUAAAGCAAUCUUACAAGUCUUGUCUGAUGUGUUCAGUGCUCCAGUUUACACUAUUGACACUGCUAAUUCAGCCUGUUUAGGAUCUGCUUACAGAGCAAUCCAUGGACUCGUGGCAGAGACAAGCGUGUCCUUGACUGAUGUUGUGAAAUUAGCACCAGAGCCCAGAUUAGUUGCUACUCCGACAGCUGGCAUGGCUCAGGUUUACCAGCCUUUGCUUAAACGAUAUAAGGAACUUGAGCAACAGGUACUGAAUAGGCCAAAGGAACAACAUAUGAGAGAACCAAAAAAACCAGUCUAAAACCUUCUUUAAACAGGAAAAGCAAAAGCAAGCCGGCUGCUUUGAAAGCCUGAAGUCCGGGACUCUGAGAAUACCUGCACUUUUUUCAAAGUUUGUAGCUUCGGACAAACAUUUGGGCAGUGCUAAAUGAAAACUGAUGGCUUACUCUACCAGUUACCAUGUUUUUACCCAAAAAGAACCUGGAAAUCUGAUUUAAUUUUUGUAAGAGAUCACUGAAGAUUUUUGUAUUCACACGUCCUUUUCAAAGAAUUCAGUUCUGUGGGCAAAAGUAACCCUGUAUUGUAGCUCUACCCUCAUUAACCAGCUUGGAGCUGGGUAGAUGUUUCCCGGGUUACGGUGCUGGAUUGUAAAGUCCUGCACAGCUUCAUGUAGUCUUUCCUUUCUAUAUCCCCUUUUCCAACACAAAUAAAAAAGGAGAAAUGACUUAAAUUCUUUGAAAAUUUGAAUUGCAUAUGCAAAAUAAAUGCAAACAAUAAAUUUGAUUUGCACCAUU